CCAUCAUCAUGAUUGAAGUUGUGGGGCCGAGAGCUGCAGGUGUUCCACGGUCACAAUUAAAGAAAAACUUGGCGACAUGCUGGAGGUGAAGGCGGUUCACACGGAGUUCGCACGCUGACGCCCCGGUCAUUUAAAAGCUCUGUGAGUCAGGAUGAACAGCGGGCUGGCCUAUCCUCUGGCCUCUCUGUACGUAGGAGACCUGCACGCUGACGUCACCGAGGCCAUGCUGUACCAGAAGUUCUCUGCUGCUGGACCCAUCAUGUCCAUCCGUGUGUGCAGAGACAUCAUCACACGCAGGUCUCUGGGAUAUGCCUACAUAAACUUUCAGCAGCCCGCUGAUGCGGAGUGCGCUCUGGAUACGAUGAACUACGACGUCCUCAAAGGUCGACCAAUUAGAAUAAUGUGGUCACAGCGAGACCCCGGACUGAGGAAGUCUGGUGUGGGCAACAUCUUCAUCAAGAAUAUUGACGAGUCCAUUGACAACAAGGCCCUGUAUGACACCUUCUCAGCCUUUGGAAAUAUUCUAUCCUGUAAGGUGGUCUGUGAUGAAAACGGGUCCAAAGGCUACGGGUUUGUCCAUUUUGAGACCCAGCAGGCCGCCAACCGCGCCAUCGAGACCAUGAACGGGAUGCUGCUCAAUGACAGGAAAGUUUUUGUCGGCCACUUCAAGUCCCGUAAAGAGAGAGAGGUAGAAGUUGGAACCAAAGCCAUGAAGUUCACCAACGUCUACAUUAAAAACUUUGGUGAGGACUGCACCGACGACAAACUCAAGGUUCUCUUCUCCCCAUUUGGUAGAACCUUGAGUGUACGAGUGAUGAAGGACGAGACUGGACUGUCCAGAGGAUUUGGCUUUGUUAACUUUGCUAACCACGAUGAUGCUCAAAAGGCAGUGGAGGAAAUGAAUGGGAAGGAGCUCAACAGAAAAGUCCUGUAUGUGGGUCGAGCUCAGAAACGCGUGGAACGUCAGGGAGAACUUAAACGCAGGUUUGACCAGAUCAAACAGGACCGCAUCCAGCGCUACCAGGGAGUGAAUCUCUACGUUAAGAACUUGGACGACACCAUCGAUGACGACAGACUGCGGAAGGAGUUCGCUCCCUACGGCACCAUCACCAGUGCCAAGGUAAUGACAGAUGGUUCUCAGAGCAAAGGCUUUGGAUUCGUCUGCUUCUCUUCACCCGAGGAGGCAACGAAGGCGGUGACGGAGAUGAACGGGAGAAUCGUUGCCACCAAACCUCUGUACGUGGCUCUGGCCCAGCGGAGGGAGGAGCGUAAAGCCAUACUCACCAACAAGUACAUGCAGAGACUGGCCUCACUCAGGUCCAUGCCCAACCCCGUCAUCGACUCCUUCCACCAGACGGGGUACUACAUGACCGUGCCACAGCCUCCCAGUCGCUCCUUCUACAACCACAGCGCUGUGAGCAGCAUGAGAGCAGCUCCUCACUGGGCAGGACAGCCGCAGAGACCACAAGGCCUCCACUCAAACCAGAUGUUUGGGAACUCUGUUCGACGUGGAUCACCGACCAUCGCUACGGUCAGACAGGCCUCCACUCAGGCUCCGCGCGUCAUGGGUUCUUCACAGAGGAUGAACAACAUUGGGACCCAGACUGGGGGGGGCCGUACAGAUGUGCCCUCUGUGAUCAGGACUAACCAGUACAAGUACUCGUCUGCAGUGAGGAACCCACAGCAGCUGUCUGCACCUGCUCCAACAAGGCUACAGAUGGUUCCAGCGCCGGUGAUGGAACCGAGCGUUUAUGUUCCAGCUCUGGAGCCGCUCACUGCCUCCAAACUGGCUGCAGCUCCACUCAUGGACCAGAAGCAGCUUCUGGGUGAGCGACUGUAUCCACUGAUCCAUGCCCUGCACCCCAGCAUGGCCGGGAAGAUCACUGGGAUGCUGCUGGAGAUCGACAACUCUGAGCUGCUGCACAUGCUGGAGUCGCCCGAGUCCCUGCACUCCAAGGUGGAUGAAGCUGUUGCAGUCCUACAGGCUCACCAGGCAAAGGAAUGUUCCACCAAGAAAUGACCGCGAGAUGAGGUCUCAGCAACAGUCGGAGGAGGAGGAGAAUUACUUAAAAAAAAUUGAAAAAAAAGAAGGAAAAAAAUGAAAAAAAUAGAGAUGAUGUGCUGUUUAAGAAAAGUGAUUUGUGAAAUCGAUCAUUUUGUUAUUACCAGAUCUUUUGUUAUCAAAUAAAGUUUAAAGUAACAGGCA